AUGCAACCCACCGCCCGGCGACUUGGCGCGCUCGGGCUCGUCCUCAUCAGCACUGACUACGCAUCCGGCCAUGUACCGUCACGCGCUGGCCGCGUCGCCUACGCCGGCGCGUCCACGUUCGUCGACUUUAAGCUCCAUGUGCCCAAAAAGCCUGCUACGACAACCACCGACGCUGACGUUGGUCCGCCAUCGCUGAACGACGCCAAAGACCCGGCCAUGGUCGCAUACAAGAGCGCGCUGCAAGCGUUCAAUUUGCGCACGGCGCAGCGACUGCUGCAUUUGUGCUUGCAGAACGGCGGCGUCUUUACCAAGAUGGGCCAGCAGAUUGCAUCCAUGAACCAUGGCCUCCCGGCCGAGUACACGUCGACGCUGAGCCAGCUCCAGGACCAAGCGCGCCCCGUAUCCGGCGAGGAAGCGAAAGCGGCCAUCGUCGCCGAACUCGGCGCUCCAAUCGACGAGCUGUUCAGCGAAUUUGACGACACACCGAUUGCCGCUGCGUCGCUUGCGCAAGUGCACCGCGCGGUGACCAAGGACGGUGUCGAGGUCGCGGUCAAGGUGCAGUACCCGGCACUCGCGUUGCAGAUGGGCUCGGACCUCUGGAGCGUCGCACAAGCCAUUCGGGCCAUGAACUAUACGUGGGACAUUGACAUGUCGUGGCUCGUGCCCGAGAUGGAAACCGCACUCCACGCCGAGUUGAACUUUGACGCGGAGAAGCAAAAUAGUCGCAAAAUUGCGCAUUUGUUCCAGAACAACCCGUUCGUGUACAUUCCCAAGGUGCUGGACGCGUACAGCACGACACGCGUCUUGACGAUGGAGUUUAUGCGCGGGGCCAAAGUCACCGACACGGACGCGAUCGAACGCAUGCACCUCCGUCCGCUCGUCGUCGCCAAGCACGUCUCGUCGCUUUUUGCCGAGAUGCUCUUUUGCUCGGGGUUUGUGCACUGCGACCCGCACCCGGGCAACCUCUUCGUGCGCCGCCACCCGAGCCUGCCCAACGAGGCGCAAAUCAUCCUUCUCGACCAUGGCCUCUACCGGCAGCUGGACGAAACCUUCCGCAUUACCUUUUGCGAACUGUGGAAAGGGCUGUUGCUGCGUGACGCGGCGCUCGUCGACGCGUGCAGCGACAAAUUCGGCAUCAAGCAAUACGCCAAGCUGCUCCCGCUCAUCUUUACCUACCGCGGCAUGCACAGCAACAACAAACUCGCGGGUCAAAUCUCGGCCGCCGACCGCGCCGCGAUCAUCCAAGAUCUUAAAGCGCUUGAGCGCGGCGACGUCACGGCGUUUCUAGAGACGCUGCCACGGGACAUGCUCUUUGUGUUGCGCUCGACCAACUUGACGCGCUCGCUCAACAAGGAGCUCGGCGGCUCGUCGCGCCAACGCUUUCACGUCUUUGGCAAGUACGCUAUGAAAGGCCUCGUCCAAGACCACGCCCAGCGCGACGCGGUGGCACCCAUGACGUGGCGCGAGACGUUCUGGUUUCAGGUCGAGUACGCCAACUUGAAGCUGCGCCUGCGAUUGAUUGACACCGCGAUGGGGCUCUACCAGCGCUACUACGGCAUUGACGUCGGGCCUGACAAGGCCACUGGCUAGCAUUUGCAGCAGACACGAUAUCGCCACGCAAUCGACACCUCAAGAUACGACAAGUAGAGGGUUGGAAAGGGCUCGAGCUUUCUUAAAUUGACAGCGAC